CAGUGCUGCAUACUCGAGUAUAGGUAGCUGGAGCCGUGGCCCCAGGCCCCUGGUCAGCUUGCAGGGGCCUUCGUCCUUCUCAGAAGGCUUGAUCCCGAAGUUUUUCUCCCAUCUGGAUUGGAAGUGAGGCUACUGGAUUCAUAUCUCAUCUGCAUGUGGAGGCGGCCGGAUCACUGCCCUCUUGACCAGGACGAAACUUUGGGCGUGCCACCGACCAUUUUUUAGGUAGUGUAGAACAUUGUUCAACAGAGGAAGGCGUCCGCUCAAUCAGCAGAGGUUUAUCUAGUCCAAGGCCAGAAGCCAGUUGAUUGGCGGUUGCCACCUGAUUGACCAUGGGCUCGCUUGGGAGAGCACUGUAUAGCAUUGGGUUCUGGAUCAGGGAGACAGGCCAGGCCAUUGAUCGGCUGGGUUGUGCUUUGCAAGGCACCAAUGCAUACAAGGAGCAGCUCUCCCGGCACCGGACGCUCAUGAACCUGAUGGGCAAGAAGCCUCAUGUUCCCUCCACCACCUUUGUUGCCCCAAGUGCUUCUGUGAUUGGGGAUGUUGAGGUUGGGCCCAAGUCCUCAAUCUGGUAUGGUGCAAUCUUGCGAGGCGACGUGAACAGCAUCAAGGUGGGGGCCAUGACCAACAUCCAGGACGGCAGCAUUGUGCACGUCGCCAAGACUAACAUCAGCGGCAACGUGCUCCCGACCACCAUCGGCAGCAAAGUCACCAUCGGCCACAACGCCAUCCUGCACGCGUGCACGGUCGAGGACGAGUCGUUUGUGGGCAUGGGCAGCACGCUGCUGGACGGAGUCACAGUCCAAAAGGGCGCCAUGGUCGCCGCGGGCUCGCUCGUCACCCAGAAGACCACCGUCCCCGCUGGCGAGAUCUGGGCUGGUAACCCCGCCAAGUUCCUGAGGAAGCUGACGGCCGAGGAGACGGCCUUCAUCACCAAGUCUGCCGAGAGCUACUUCGAGUCGGCGCAGGUGCACGCAGAGGAGAACGCAAAGAGCUUCGAGCAGAUUGAGGCGGAUAAAGAGGCGAGGGCGAAGGACGAGUUGCAAAGCGACGACUAUGAUUCGCAUAUCGGUAUUAUCAGGAAGAAGGAACUUGACACCACUCCAACAGGGGGUACUGUCACUCUUAGGUAGACAUGGCAGGUUGGACCGUCCAAGACACUUCAGACGUGUGUAUGAUUCAAAGCUAUUAUCUGCGCCUUUCCUUACAUUCUUAAAUGAUACAAGUGCGUACAAGAAUUGCCAGG